ACUCUGCUCCUGCUGCUGCUGCCCGCCCCCUGCCUCUCCCUGGGCUGCCCCUCCGGUUGCCGCUGCUACAGCCUGACUGUGGAGUGCGGCUCCAUUGGCCUGAAGGACAUCCCACAGGGCAUCCCAACCUCCACACAGACCAUUUUCCUGCAGGACAACACGGUGGGUCAGAUUCGUCUGCAGGACCUGCUGGGCCUUGGGGAGCUGCACUACCUCUACCUCCAGAACAACAGCAUCUCAGCCCUGGAACCCGGAGCCUUCCAGAACCAGGGCCAGCUUCUAGAACUGGCCCUCAAUGGCAACCGCAUCCACCUGAUCAGUGCAGAUGUGUUCCGAGGCCUGGACCACCUGCGCAUCCUCUACCUGGCCAGCAACCAGAUCACUCGGCUCCAGGAUUACACUUUCCGGGGUCUACAGCGUCUGCAGGAGCUGCACCUACAGGAGAACAGUGUGGAGGUGUUGGGGGAGCAGGCUCUGGUGGGCCUCUCCUCCCUGGCCCUGCUGGACCUCAGCAGGAACAACCUGCGCACCCUGGGGCCCGCAUCCCUCAGGCCCCUCGUCAGCCUACAGGUGCUACGCGUCACAGAUAACCCAUGGCGUUGCGACUGCGCCCUGCACUGGCUGCGCAGCUGGAUAAACGAGGAGGGCCAGCGCCUGCUGAGCUCUGCGGAGCGCCGCCUGCUGUGUGCCGAGCCCCCGCGCCUCUCGCACCUCAGCCUGGUGGAGGUGCCAGCCAACAGCCUGGUCUGCAUCCCGCCCGUGGUGCAGCUGGAGCCCAGCCACCUCACCGUGCGGCUGGGGGAGAGCCUCCGCGUCUCCUGCCAGGCCUCCGGAUACCCUCAGCCCCAGGUCACCUGGAGGAAGGCGUCCCACGGCAAGGCCCAGCUGUCCCCCCGGGGCCUGGUUCAGGAGGUGGGGGCGGAGGGCGGCGACGGCCGGGGACCCGGGGGCAGGGUGGUGACGGCCAGGCCCAGCGGGAAGGGGACGUCCGGGGGGCGGGGCUCGACGCGCAGCGGGGCCGAGGACGGAGCCGGCGGCGGCAACGGCGGCGUCGACGGGGACUUUGACCCGGACACGGGCAGCGGCAUGCUGUUUCUCAGCAACGUGACGGUGGCGCACGCCGGGCGGUACGAGUGCGAGGCGUGGAACCCCGGCGGCGUGGCUCGCGUGACCUUUCACCUCUCCGUCAACAUGUCCUCUUCCUCCUCCUCUUCGUCCGCCCUCUGGCCCCGACUCCACUCCUCCUCCUCCUCUUCCUCCUCCUCCUCCUCCUCCUCCUACUACCACCCGUCCUCGGUGGACGUGAGCCAGGAGCCGCUGUACGAGCUGGAGAGCAUGGACUUCAACGCGCUGGGCCCGGCCACGCAGACGGCCAUCGCCGUGGGCAUCUCGCUGCUGGCGCUCACCGCGCUGCUCCUGCUCUUCAUGAUCUACAGCCGCCACCGGCAGCGCCAGAAGGAGGAAGGGGGCUGCGGAGGAGGCGGCUACGGCGGCAACGGCUACGGCGCCAGCAAAGAGGAGAGCAUCCUGUACGUCAACGACUACUCGGACGGGCCCACCACCUUCGCCCAGCUGGAGGAGUACCGCGACGAGCGCGGCCACGAGAUGUACGUGCUGAACCGCGCCAAGCCCGUGCUGCCUCCCCCCGCAGUACCGGCCUGUGGCCAGCAGGGGCCCCACAUGACCCCGCCGACGCUGCCCCCGGCCGCCGACGUGCUGUCCCAGGGAGGGGGAGGAGGCAGCUGCGGCACGCUCACCCCGGGGAGAGGGGUGGUGAUCGGGGGCCUGGGGCCUCGCAGGGCCCCUGCGGAGGGAGGGGAGGGCCCGCCGCCGGAUCCCGAGGGCCUGUUCAUCAACCAGAGUUUGCUGUUCGAUACACAGAUCGCCUAUGAGAUCCACUGCUGA